CUACUAUACAACGUCACAUUUCGACGUCACAUACUGCCUGUUUGUUGUGUCUGUCGGCUCUCUGCGCGUGACAGCCCGUGCUGUCGCCGCCGAAAUGGUGCAUGUUUAUAACUGUCAUCCGUUCGCGUCUCAGCGCGUGGUGUCGGCGGAGCAGGAGCCCGGGCUGGUGUGCUGUGGCGGCGGGGCGCUGUUCGUGGUUUGCGCCGGAGGCUGCAGGAUCGAGGCGUAUGACGUGCGGCGGGACGGAUGUCCGCUCAUAUGCCGCUUCAGCAGCGCGGGCGUCGUCCGUGCCAUCCGCCACAGUGGCGCGGGGGAUUAUUUAGUGACUAUUGAAGAGAAGAACAGAGCCACAUACCUCAGGGCUUACACUAACUGGAGAUAUCAGGCUGUUGAGAAGACUCGUGUCGGUGUACGUCUGCUGGGUCACUUUCUGUCAGGCUCGUCCCUCCGCGGAGCGCCCAAAGAGCAAAUGGAGAUUAUAGAGAUUCCUCUAUUUGAGCCGCCGCUUUGCGUGGCAUGCUGUCCUCUCACAGGUGAUCUUCUGGUGGGUUGUGCUAAAAGUUUGGUGGUCUUCAGUCUGAAACGUCAGACGUUGAGUGAUCAGCUCUCUAUACUUGACUUUGAGAGAGUUCAGAUCCUUCACAUCCAAGGCUGGAGCCCAUCACAGGUGGCCUUCUGUGCUGGAUAUGUGGCUCUACAGAGUGAGCUGGAGGUGCUGGUGAUAAAGAUCACCCAACAACAGAACACUCCAGCCACAGGCGAUCAUGUGCUGCUACCAGAUGAUAUCAUGACUGAUGCCAGUCUGGAUGAGGAUGCAGAGAUGAAGAAAGAUGGAUUCAGCCCCCUCUAUGAGCAGGAUGACUUCUUCAUGUUCCCCAAACAUCAGGAGAUGUUGGGCAGUGAAGCUCAGGACUGUGGCAUAUCUUUUCUUCUGGAGUGGACUGGUACAGAGACGGAGAUACCUGGAGACCUAAGUGUGGAUUAUGUUUUAUACAGGAGGUUCGCACCUGAUUUCUUUCAAGGCUGCAGCAUAGAGGAGACACACUUACAUUCUCUACAGCUCCAUCCCAUGUUUAUUUCUGAAGACACCAUCAUUUCCAAACAGUGUGAACCAAGCUGUAUGUUUGUUUUCUUCUCCUUACCAAACACUGGGUACGUCUACAGUUUGAAGGACUCUGUGGAGCUUGUGUCCACUUACCAGUACCCUGAAAAAUCCCAUCAGGCUGUGUUGAGCGACCAGUUCCUCUAUGUUAUCACCAGGAAUGCUCUGCAGUGUUUUACUGUCAGGUGUAGUGCGGUAGCAGCACGGGUACAGGACCCCUACAUUGACACCACUAUGAAGGCCUGCCCACCUGUCACGAUGGAGGUGUGUGCUUUGCGGAUCCAGCUGUUCAUCGGCCUGAAGACUCUUUGUCAUGAUGAGAAUCACAUUGUUCUGCUCACAGCUGCUGAUGUGGACAACAGAGAGGACACAGAGAGAUCUGCACGCAAAAACACUGAAUCGAGAGAACACAAAACCCUCACAGGCAUUUUAGUAGCUGUAGGUCUAGAGCCGUCCUCAACACCAGCUCUGGAAAACCUUCUGUCCAGGGCCUUUCUAUCCAGAAAGACCUCUGUGUGUAAAGCCCCAGAGUCGACUGACAGCGGCCACGGCUGGAAUCUUUAUGUCAUCACAUCUGUGUCCACGCUGCAGCUCUACAGUGAAAUAGUGGAAUACAGUAAGCGUUACGAACAGUCGAGUCCUCUGUCUCAAAGUUGUAUUCAUCUAUUAAGUGAAGCUCAUUUACUCCUGCGUUCAGCACUGAUCUCACAACAGGACUAUGAGUCUGGGGAGAGAGCUCAACUCCAACAGGCCUUUCAGCAGAGCUGUGCUCACUUAGGAGACUGUUUCAGCAGGUUAAAAAAAGACUGUCAUUUGGCUCUACCAUACUACAAGAUGUCUGGCCUGUCUGUUACUGAAGUCAUUCAGAGGAAUGCAGCCGUGAACAGUUUCUCGUCUGAAUACGGCAAUGGAUUUCUCUUCUAUCUCAAACAUUCACUCUAUGAAGAAACUGUUGAAGAACUCAGUGAGGAUAUGGCUAAUAAAGUAUUGGAGAUCUUUAGUGCGUCCGAACCUGCUCAGCUCCCUCAUGUAGUCAGCAGCCCAUCCAUGCUGAGAGUAGACCCUGAUGGUGCCAUGAUCCAUCUUAAACAGCUGGAGGUUUUGGGCACCUCCUCCAUUACACUGUCCCUCUGCCUGGCUUCUCUGGCACUCCGUAAGGGUGAUCUGCACAGUUAUAAGUUACAGAUGGACCGCCAUGCCGAGAUGCUGCAGGUGUACGGCUUCAUAGAGGAGCCCAGACUGCUGCUGCAUGGUAGAGGUAAAGCCAUGAUGCCCACCGUACUGGCACGACACCUGCGUAGCGCACAUGAGGGCCUGCUGGUGGCCGCGGUCGUUGCACUGCAUGAGAACAGUAAGAUCAAACUGGAGGAGGCCGAUCUUUUUCUCCAGGAGUUGUGUAAAGAUGCUGUUGAGGUUCAGAGCUGUCCUCAGUUACUUCAGGAUUUCUGGGAAGCUCUGUUAGUAGCAUCUUCUCAGGAGUCCAUCAUCCAAGAGCUGCUGUUUCGCCUUGUGUCCGUCUACGUCGACCGGAUCACACGCAAAGAUCACUCGGGUGUCAGACCCCUUAAAACAGCUGAGGACCUGAUCAAUUCCUGCUCUCAUUAUGGGAUGUUGUAUCCAUGGGUAAACAUUCUGACACCCAUUCAAUUCGACGUUACCCAUGACCAGCAGGACCUACACAAACUUCAGUCUCUGCUGUGUGGCCCAACGCUGGAGGUGUCAUCCAUCCUUCCUCUGUUAGAGCAGCUGUCUGAUGAUGAUAACACUGGCCUCAGUGUGCAUGUGCUGUGUGACACUAAACUGGGCCAACACGAGCGCUCCCUUGACAAACUUCUGGACCUCUGUCCACGAGCCAUCAUCCCUUAUGCCAACCAUGAGCUACAGAAUGAAAAACUGUGUCUGUGGUGGCAGAAACUUUUCCCAGAGCUCUGUAGGAGAAUGAAGAAAACGGCGCACGAUAGCACAAUCCUCUUUGCACUUAAAGAAGCGUUGGUUGUAAUGGGUGCUGAGCUGAACCCAUUGGAGUUCCUCGACUUGUUACCGGACGAAGGAACGGCUCAUUUUUUCCUGCCGCAUCUGUUUGAGUGCAGCCAGCGAAAUCUUCUGAUGUGAGGAUUUGUUUUCCAUCAGUUUAUUUCAGACAAUCAAUCAAUCAAUCAAUCAAUCAACACUAAACUUGUUUACACUUCUGCUGGAUUUAUAGUUAACCUGAUGCAUUAAAUGUUCAAAAUCACUUUAGCUGAAAUGUUAUGCAACAAUCACACAGACCAGAAUGUAUUAAGAAGUUCUCCUUUAUUAAAUGCGAAUUUAUGCAAUUACAUAAUGCAAAAUAUAGCAAUGCUUCACAAUAUGAUAAAUACUUGUAGGUCAAUAACAGGAGGCUGAAGUUUAAAUGUUUUAAUGUAUUAUUGUCUUAAUGUGCAAAAGUUUAUGAAUCAUCUCAGUUUCAGAAUAAAUGCUGUUUUUAAUGUGU